AGUCAGAGAGGCGUCGACUUGAACGGGCGGACGACAGGGAGAGCACCUCAAAGACUUCGUCUGUAAUUAAAUGGCAGCUAGCAACUCUGGUUUCAUGUGGGACCUGCCUGGAUGUAGGAGACUCUAAAAACGCCGUUAUGGCCAUGGAGAGCAGCGUGUGGAGUACCUGUGACUACAGCCACAAUGUCACCUUCUUCUACAACUGGGUGGGUAAGAAAUUGAACUUAGUGUGGACGACGCGGGACUCUGUGGUAAUCGGACUGGGCUUGACGGUAUGUCUCAUUGUAGUCCUAGCCAACCUGAUGGUGAUGGUGGCCAUCUCCAUGAACCACCGCUUCCACUUCCCCAUCUACUAUCUCCUGGGCAACAUGGCAGCAGCUGACCUGUUUGCAGGCAUCGCCUACGCCAACCUGAUGUUGAACACGGGCCCCUGGACCAGAAUGCUCACCAAGAAGCAGUGGUACAUCCGCGGUGCUUUGAUUGACAUCAGCCUGACGGCCUCUGUGGCCAACCUUCUGGCUGUUGCCGUGGAGCGCCACCAGACCAUCAUCACCAUGCAGCUGCACAGCAACAUGACCAAGCGGCGAGUGUUGCUGCUGAUAGUCGGCAUCUGGGCUGUGAGCAUCAUCAUGGGCCUGGUGCCCUCGAUGUUUUGGAACUGCGAGUGUGAUCUGGAUGACUGCUCUACCGUCGCUCCUCUCUACAGCCGCCACUUCCUCAUCUUCUGGGCCGUUCUUAACCUGCUUACUUUCUUUAUCAUGGUGGCUGUGUACACUCGUAUCUUCAUCUAUGUGAGAUACCAGACCAGGGGCGUGUCCCAUCACACCUUGGAGAUGCGGCACCGGCAGACUGUUGUCAACCUGAUGAAAACGAUCUCCAUGGUUCUGGGCGCCUUUGUAAUCUGCUGGAUGCCUGGCCUUGUGACUCUCUUACUGGACGGGCUGUUAGGUAAAGCCAGCCACGCCAACGUCUAUGAGAAAUUCUGUUUGGCGAUAGCAGAAUGCAACUCUCUGGUCAAUCCUAUCAUCUAUACUCUGCGAGACGACGAGAUGCGGAGGACAUUCAAGUGGAUCUUGUGCUGCCUGUGUCGGAGAGGUGACGACCAGCAGAGGGAGCUGUCACCCGUCGAGAUGGACUCCCCUCUGCCAGAGGAAACUCUUGACUGUGCCCCGAAAUCAGAAGAUCAGGCAGUCGCCACGGAAACAAACUAUAAAGGAUACAAUUCGACAAUGACAGGGGUAUGAUGGCUGUAAGCCUGCAAAAUAAACCAAAAUCUGGACUUCAAAUGUCAUCUAACCAGCCCACAUUGUGUAAUUCUGCUUCUGCUAAAUGACCUCGCUUUCUUGUUUGCAUUUGUAAAUUGAAUGAAAUAUAUAUAUAUAUACUGUAUAUAAAGAUGCAUCUUUUGAAAAGGAGUUUAUCCAUGUUAGACAAAUGCUUUUAUUUCUCAGGAUAGUGUUAUCCUCAGUCUCCACGAGGCUGACAGAGUCACAUGUUAAUCAUCAGAUGGUGCAAUCUCUCCUUUUAUUAUGUUUGACUAUCACGAGAGCAUUUGUGACAAAUUAUAAAAAGAAACACCUAAAAUCUGAAAUCAAAUACUGAAAAAUCACACUAAAUCAUUUUUAUUAAUUUUCUACUAAGAACACUACAAUUUGUCAUAUUCUUCCUUUUGUUUGACUCUUUCUAGAACAAUUCUAAAGUUUGAGGUAUAAAAGGAGUUCAUACAGACUCACGAGUCUGAAAACAGUGGGGGUUAUAUACAAGAGAAAUGGAAAGACAGAGGUAGAGAGAGGGGUAAAUACAAGGGAAAGAGGGGAGAUACAAAUAUACUAAUAAAAA